AAACAAAUCAGUUCUAGCUCAGAGGGAAACAUUGAUUGCUGUGUUUUGACUUAUCCCUUCGAAUAAUCAUCAUGGCGCUUGAAUAUAUUAACAUCACAAAUAUGAUUGGAAAUUCAACUUCCACUUGGAUUCUUGCAGCUGUAAUUGUUCUUUUAAGUUUUUUAAAGUGGUAUCUAGGGAGAAAUGACAACUACUGGAAGAAUAAAGGUGUCCCCAGUGCACCGCGUCCUGGUUACCUCUAUCUGCUGUAUAUUAUUGCUACAAAGAAUAUGGCCGAUCUAAUAAAAUCUCUGACUCGUACGCCUCUUGGAAAAGUAUACGGUUCUUUCGAUGGCAACAAACCAAAUGUUAUAGUUGGCGAUCCGGAUCUUUUACGAGAUAUCCUGGUGAAGGAUUUCAACGUGUUCCCUUACAGAAGGAUUAUGAAUGUUGGUGAUCCUGUCUCAGAUAGCAAUGUGAGUAUAGUUGUUGGGGAAGAUUGGAAACGAAUCCGAACCACUAUCACCCCUGCUUUCACCUCUAAAAGAAUGAGACAAAUGGGGUCUAUUAUUAAUGAAUGCGCCAAAUCAGUUAUUGAAGUGUGUGAGAAACACUGCGAGAAAGGUGAACCUGUUGACUGCAAAGGUAUGUUCGGAGCCUUCACAAUGGACGUCAUAGCGAAGUCAGCUUUUGGAACCCAAAUCAACUCCCACAACGAUCCGCAAAACGAGUUCGUGAGGAAAGUGCAAGAAAGCUUCCUUUCAUUCACUAUCCCACGCUUCAUAUUUUCCAUUUUGGUCCCCACGUGGCUGCUGAAGUUGCUGCCGGCCAGUUUGAACCCUAUGCUUUUGGACAAGGACAACUUCUUCCGGGACGUCAUCACAAAAAUCAUUCAGAAAAGGAAAGAAACUGGAACAAGGUACAACGAUUUCUUGCAACUUCUGAUGGAUGCAGCCGUGGAAAAUGCCCGAUUGGAAAAUCAGGAAACGGCGGAAGACGAAACUGAUCGCUUCGGAAGUGUCAGCAACAACGAUGCUCUCUCAGCUUAUAUCAAGCACAAAAAUAUAACAGAUACAGAAUUACUGGCCCAGUGUGUCAUGUUUUUCAUGGCUGGAUAUGAAACCACGGCGACGGUACUCACAUAUGUAGCUUACUGCUUGGCGAUAAAUCCAGAGUGGCAAGAGAAGGUGAUCAAAGAAGUGGACGAAGGUUUCCAGAAACAUAAAGAGAUGAGCUACGACGCGGUGCGUGAGAUGAAGAUUUUGGAUGCAGUGGUGUCAGAAACACUGAGGAUGCACCCACCUGCUACAUCUACCGAGAGAACUGCUGUGGAAGACUACAAGCUCGGAAACACUGGCAUAGUGAUUGAAAAAGGAAUGCGAGUUACAAUUCCUACCUUGAGUAUGCACUAUGAUCCAGACUUUUUCCAGGAUCCAGAUACAUUUAAUCCAGAAAGAUUUUUGGACGAGCCGAAGCAUCCUCAGUAUGCUUAUCUACCGUUUGGUGCAGGACCCAGAAACUGUCUUGGAAUGCGGUUUGCUCUACUAGAAAUUAAGAUGUGCAUAAGCAAUGUGUUACGACAUUUUAGGCUCAAACCUCAUGCAACCACAAAGGUGCCGCUGGAAUAUAAAAAGGGAAUGCUUCUUCUUUCUGUGAAUGACCUUCCUUUGAGUUUAGAGAAAAGAACAGAUGUGAAGUAAGAAUGAGGAUUAAAAACGAAGAAAAUAUUUUGAUACUGUUAGUGAUUUAUCACCUAGAAGCUUUAUAUGUUUCAAAUAUACGUAUAUAUGUGAAAGAAGUGAUAUUAACUAUGUUUUAUGAAUUGCUAAAAAUUAUUCAUCAUAUCACUUUGGUAUAGAAUUUAAAAAAUCAUCUUUGUUACAAUUUGAUAUUUUUUUUAAUUCUUUUAUAUACUAGUAUCCUUUAGAUUCCUUCUGUCUUUCCCAGUAUAAGAUCUGAAUACAUAAAUAAUUCGUACAAAUAGCUGCUGUAUAAUUAAUAGAUUUUAUCAGAAAAAAUGAUUUGCGACAGUUAAGAAGAAACGAUUAAUAUUACGCUAUUAAUCGUUAUUGAGUUAUUUCUAGAAAAUUAUUAUCUUACAUUUCUUGUUUUUAAAUCAAGGACUGCUAAUAUUUACGAAUAAUCAAAAAAUAAUAUCUCAUUUUACAGGAACGAACUUCCUUUGUACGAAUUAAUAAUAAAGUGAAUUUUAUUUGCAUUUUACGUCUAGAUAUUUAUAUAUUAUUUAAGAGAUUUCGUUUUAAGAGACAAAAUCUCUUUCAGCGCACUCUAUCACCUUCCGGUUAAAAUUACGACUACGAUUUCUUUGAUGAAUGUUGUUUGUUUUGGUGUUUUACUCUCACCUAUUAAAGUUUGCUUCAUCAUUUAUUAUUUUGCUCAUUAGAUACAAGCGUUUAAAAUUUAACCCCCUGAACGCGGUUAAUUUGCGCCACUUAACCGCUCCCGAUGGUUUCAAUUUUGCGCUCAAAAUUUAAGUUAAAGUCUAAGCUUUAGUAAACAUUUAACAAAAUAAAAAAAAUACUGGUAAAAAGUAGUUGUUCGGUACUCCAAAGUCUAGAGCUCCCUCUAUCGGCAUUUUUUAAACUUUGUCUUAAAAAAAUUUUUGUUUAAGAAAAUACUAAUUUAAAGAAUGAUUUUAGCGAAAACCGCAAAUGAAUCGAUCCAUUUUUCCAUUUUUUUUUAUCAUCAUUUGAAAUUUAGGGCCCUGAACUUUGAUGGGGCCUAUCUCCUUCGGAAGACGUUUGGGACACUUGGUUUCCUAUUUACUAUUACUCGUCUUGAUGUGUACUAUCACCCCUUAAAGUUACUCCCAUCAUUUAUGAAACACCCUGUAUGUAAGGAAAAUUAGAUGCCUGUAAUGAGGAGAAUUAACUUCAUAUAAGAAAGAAUAGAUACAGGGUGGUUAUUAUUAAACUUCUCCUAUACAGCGCAAACGGGUGAACGGAUUGCAACGAAAUUUGGUAUAUAGACUAUACACGAGAUGCGCUCACGAAAUUUUGAAAAAAAAAGUUUUAAAAUGUAAGGCACUUUUUCCAGAAAAAUAUUAAAUUUAACACAAUGAACGACCAAAACGGAAUACAGAAACAAUAUUAGUAAUCCAGAAAAAGAAUUACAAGUAAUAAAAUGAAAAACCGGGUAAAGCUGGAAACUCCAUAACGCUUCAUGUGCGAAGCAUCACAACUGAUCAAUUACGAUCUAUUGUUGAAUAUAUUGUCCAUCGACUUGAAAUUUUGCAGGGGAAUGUCCUUUCUUUACAUCGUCCUGGAUUAGAUUUACAACUGCUCCUCUUGUGCAAUUUCAUCCUAAUCCUUGUUUCUGCAAAAUGAACUGUUCUUUUAAACAGCGUACUGUUAUUUUUUCCUUACCUUUACGAAAAGCGGUUCGAUGACAAGGUGAUCAGAAACUAAUCAAUAAAUGUUAAUAUUGUUUCUGUAUUCCGUUUUCAUGGUUUAUUGUGUUAAAUUGAAUAUUUUUCCGGAAAAGGCGUUCUCUAGUGGUCAUUUUGGAACUUUUUUUCCCUUCGAAAUUCCGUGAACGCAUUUCGUGUAUAGUCUAUAUACAAAAUUU